GGAACUCUAGCGAGCGCUGAGAAAAUGAGCACCACCAUCCCCCUCUCUCGCUCUGAGGUGUUCGGGGAGCUGAGGAAGGAGCUGUACGACGAUGAGGAGUUCCAUCAGUCCGACGUUCACAUCUUCUUCAUCCUGGGAGCGUCGGGUGAUCUGGCCAAGAAAAAGAUCUACCCCACACUGUGGUGGCUGUUCAGAGACGGCCUCCUCCCUGAGCAGACGUAUUUUGUGGGCUUCGCUCGAUCUGACCUGACGGUGGACGCCAUCCGAGCUUCAUGUCUGAAAUACUUGAAGGCGACCGACACGGAGGCGGAGCGUCUGUCGGCCUUCUUCAGCCGGAACACGUACAUCAGCGGGAAAUACGACGACGAGGGGUCCUUCGUCAAACUCAACUCGCACGUCCUGUCCCUGCCUGGCGGGGCCGAGGCCAACCGCCUCUUUUAUCUGGCUCUCCCACCCACGGUUUAUCACGAUGUCACCAAAAACAUCAGUCUCCACUGUAUGAGCUCAAAAGGUUGGAACAGGGUGAUAGUGGAGAAGCCUUUUGGCCAUGACCUGAAAAGCUCCGAGGAACUCUCCGCUCACCUCUCCUCUCUCUUCACUGAGGACCAGAUCUACCGCAUCGAUCACUAUCUGGGCAAAGAGAUGGUGCAGAACCUGAUGGUGCUCCGGUUUGGGAACAGAAUCUUUGGGCCGAUCUGGAACAGAGACAGCGUGGCCUGUGUGGUCCUCACCUUCAAAGAACCGUUUGGCACUCAGGGAAGAGGAGGAUACUUCAACGACUUUGGCAUCAUACGGUAAAGACACUGACAGCUGUGGGACAAAAAAAUAAAUAAAAAUCAAAUGGCACUUUAGGCAUUUACUCACAGUUCCACAAGAGGGCGACAAAGGCCUUUGUUUUUGCCUUUUUCUCUUGUGAAGGUGCUGAAGUGCAUCUCCCCUGUGUCCAUGUCAGACGUGGUUCUGGGUCAAUACGUUGGAGACCCUGAGGGUGAGGGCGACGCCAAACUGGGUUACCUCGAUGACCCCACCGUCCCUAAAGGAUCUACUCAGGCCACCUUCGCCACUGCUGUCCUCUACGUGCACAACGAACGCUGGGACGGCGUUCCUUUCAUCCUCCGCUGUGGAAAAGCCCUGAACGAGAGGAAAGCCGAAGUGCGGUUGCAGUUCACAGACGUCCCCGGAGACAUUUUUGGAAAACAGUGUCGCAGAAACGAGCUGGUGGUGAGGGUGCAGCCCAACGAGGCCGUCUACGCCAAGAUGAUGAGCAAGAAACCUGGGGUUUACUUCCACCCAGAGGAGACUGAGCUGGACCUCACCUACAAGAGCAGAUACAAGGACGUGAAACUUCCCGACGCCUACGAGCGUCUGAUCCUGGACGUCUUCUGCGGCAGCCAGAUGCACUUCGUUCGCAGUGAUGAACUACGUGAGGCCUGGAGGAUCUUCACUCCACUCCUCCACCAGAUAGACAACGAAAAACCAAAACCUAUUCCCUACAAGUAUGGAAGCCGCGGCCCGACUGAAGCAGACGACCUGUCAAAGAGAGUGGGUUUUCACUACGCCGGCACUUACAAGUGGGUCAACCCUCACAGGCUGUGAACGGCGUAGAGCUAGAGUAGGUGGGAGGCGGAGUGCAGCAGGGACGGUGAGUCCGGUUUGGUUCUGGUACUGUUUCACAGUGAUUCUCAGGUCACCACUCACACAACCAUGGGCUUUUUUCGCAGACAUAUUGUUUCUUUCACACUCCUUCAUUCAUCCUUUAAGCAGUUGGACCAAGUUCGAUGGGGGAGACGGUGGGAGGGGGGGACGGGGAGGGGAGGAUUUCAUGAACCGGCUCUGUGUGGUCGUCGUCAUUAAUUAGGUCUUAAACUGUGAGGACAGUACAUGGACUGACCAGCUCAGACUGCCUGAUGCUGAGAACUGGACCCAGCAGAGAGAGCGAUCAGGUAGCCCCCUAGUGAGCAUUAAAUGUAACUGCAGCUUUUGCUUUGACUGCAUCUAAACCGUAGAACUGAACCGAGGCCGACGUCUUCUCAGAGUUCGUGUUCUCUCCGAUGUUUUCCCUCCAAAAGCCGGGACCAAGGACACAGUGGCUGCUCCUGGUACUGCAGUGACUCCUCACUCCAGUGCAUUCACACUGCAAUAGUCUUAAAUAUCUCUCCCUGCUGAGAAACAUUGACUGUGUUCAUUCUGUAGCCUCCCACUGAACCUCUGAUCAUGUUUAUUGAUGUUUAUUUUACUGUAGAGGCAGCAGCGAGUCUGAAACAGGUCACAGUGACAUUUGUCUUUUGUAUCUUAAAGAAAAUUAAAAUACUACAUUCUGUUGUUUACUAGACUUUUCCAAAAUUUAAUAAACUGUUUUGCUGGUG